AUGAGCUUCAUCUUUGUGCUUCUCACAAUCUCGUCAUCCACCUUGGUAUUUGGGUGUAGCGAUUUGACAAAUUCCGCGACUGGGGUGUCAGAUUGUCCAAGCAAGGCCUAUCUUUGCUCAAAUUCCGCCUAUUAUUCUUUGAUGACUGUGCAAUGCCCAAAAACAUGUGGAAGAUGUUCUUCAAGCAAUUCUACGAGCUCUAGCUCUAGCUCAAGUUCUAGUUCUAGCUGCGUAGAUCUCACCAAUCCCAGUACAGGAGUCUCAGAUUGUCCAAGCAAAGCCUAUCUUUGCACAAAUUCUGCCUAUUAUUCAUUGAUGACUACACAAUGUCCAAAAACUUGUGGAAGAUGUAACUCAACUUCUAGCACAUCUUCAAGCUCUACAAGUUGCUCAGAUCUUACAAACCCAUCAACCGGAACUUCAGAUUGUCCCAGCAAGGCCUAUCUUUGCAAUAAUUCUGUCUAUUACUCUUUAAUGACUACUCAAUGCCCAAAAACUUGUGGAAGAUGUUCAACAAGUUCAUCUUCAACAUCAGCCACAUCUACAACAUCAGCUGGAACUUGUGCAGAUUUGACAAAUCCAUCGACUGGAACUUCAGAUUGUCCAAAUCGUGUUGCCUAUUGUACCAAUUCUGUAUAUUUGGCGUUGAUGAAAGUUCAAUGCCGAAAAACUUGCGGAUUUUGUUCGUAG